CGACACCGUGCACGGAUACUGAUUUUAUUUCAUUUGUUUUCUAUGCGCGCAUUCACACCUAUCCGGCACCGUGCCGUUUUAGUGCAGCUCGCCGUCAGUGUAGCGUCCGUCCGGCAAACUCAAAUUCGUCGUCACCGAUAUUUUUUAUUUUCACUGAAGUAGGUAUGUUAUUGCAUUGGCUGUGCCGGAGCGGAAACAGCACGGAAACGGAACGGAAGGGUUCCGAUAAAAAAACACUGACGGCGCACUGAAGGCACUUUCACUGAACCGUCACGGAACUGAAAUGUGUGAAUAGUCCUUUACAAAUACUCGAUUACCUCAGUCUUUUAAUCGAUUAUUUUGAUUAAUCGAGUAAAAAAUACAUCACUAAAUUCUCUUCUGCAGUAUUUUACGUUUCAUUGAAUUUAUUCUGCGCAAAUCUAAACAAAUGAGUGUAAAAACAGGUGCGAAUGUAUGCCCUACAACGGAAGAACGUUCGGGUAAUGUUCGCGAGGUUGGCUCGCAGGCGGUUUGGAGUCUUUCCUCAUGCAAACCUGGUUUUGGUGUUGAGCAACUACGUGAUAACUCGAUGGAAACAUACUGGCAAUCUGACGGACAAUUGCCUCAUCUCGUGAAUAUUCAAUUUCCUAGGAAAACUACAGUAAGCCAGAUUUACAUCUAUUCCGAUUACAAACUUGAUGAGAGCUAUACACCGAGUCGGAUCUCUAUUCGCUGUGGAACGCAUUUUAACGACUUGCAGGAAGUUGAAGUUGUAGAUCUAUGUGAGCCGUCCGGUUGGGUUUGUAUAGCAAUUAAAGAAGUGCGGGAUAUUCCUAUGCGUACUUUUAUGAUACAAAUAGCAGUUAUUAGCAAUCACCAAAAUGGAAGAGAUACACACAUGCGACAAAUUCGGGUACAUUCACCUACGGAAGGAGCGACAUAUCCAUUAGAACAACAUGGACCUUUCAGCACAAUAGAGUUUCAACAAUUUAGAACCAUAAGAUAAUUAUAAAUUUGCUAAUGU